GUGUUUGACUAAACUAAUGCAGGGGGGGUACAGGUGAAAAAUUAAAAAUGGGAAUAGCAAUGAUGAGAGAGAGGAGCAUAAGUGGGCGCAGGUUAAGCACGUGGGUGCUGCACGCUGGCAUGGCAAAAUCCCCUUGAAGACUGAUGGCUUGAAAUCAUAUAUUCUUUUAGAUGUUACAAAAGGGUUAAAAAUAUAUAUUCAGACACAAAACAUGGUUUUUCAUAUAAAUUCAGGUUGAAUUUUCCGAUGAAUGAUUGGCAGUUGCUGUUUGUGUAGAGAGUAUCUAAAGCUUUGGAUUUCAGAUUGGAUAUGGAAUAUGACUGAAAGGACUUGAGACUUUGGAUCAUUUGAUCUUACUGGGUUUUUGUCACUUGACUAUUUGUGCUAUAUAAAAAAAAUCUAUAUAUAAAACUCAGAGAGAGCAUUACACCCACAGCAAAAACUCUUGGUACUCCUUGGAUAUCCCCUCUAGUAUCUCCUCCAGUAAAAUUGUUUUUUUUUUUUUUUUGUUGACAGUUUAUUUGUUUUGUUGCUAUAUAGAAAGAUUUUUAACUUUCUGGAGUUAGAGCUCUUUUUCUUGUUUUGGUUUCUAGUUGGGGGUUGCUUAGUUGGGAAAUUUUCGUACAGGAAAUGGGUGGUCUAUUGUUCGGAGAACAUCUUUUGCUUGCUGUUGGAGAAGGAACCUGUUAUGACUUUUGGUGCGCCAAAAGCAUGAAAAAAAGUUCUGAUUAGUUUCCAUCAUAUUAAGUUGUAUCUGGUGAAUACACAAAGCCAAGUGAAGAACAAAAACAACACAAGAUUUACUCAUGAAGUUUAUGAAACUUGGAUCUCGGCCUGACACCUUCUACACUGCGGAGGCUGUAAGGUCUGUCUCUUCUGAAGUCUCUAGUGACCUUAUAAUUCAAGUGAAAGGAAAUAGAUAUCUGCUUCACAAGUUUCCUCUGUUGUCAAAGUGUUUGCGGCUGCAGAGAAUAUGCUCUGAAUGCCCUGAAACAUUACAACACCAAAUAAUCCAACUACCUGAUUUCCCUGGUGGAAUUGAGGCGUUUGAGCUCUGUGCAAAGUUCUGUUAUGGUAUCACAAUCACUCUCAGCGCGUAUAACAUUGUAGCUGCACGAUGUGCUGCCGAAUAUUUACAGAUGACAGAAGAUAUUGAGAAGGGGAACUUGGUUUACAAACUCGAAGUUUUCUUCAAUUCAUGCAUCCUACAUGGAUGGAAAGACUCUAUUGUGACUCUACAAAGCACCAAAGGCUAUCCUCUAUGGUCAGAAGACCUCGGAAUUACUAGCAGAUGCAUAGAAGCAAUUGCAUCAAAAGUUUCAACACACCCCUCAAAGGUGAGCUUGUCACGUAGUCAGUCAAGAAGGGUAAGAGAUGAUAUAUCUUGUAAUGGAGAGGAGAGCCAGCGGCACAAACCAACAACCAAAGGUUGGUGGGCUGAGGACAUGGCUGAGUUGGGUAUAGACCUCUACUGGAGAACCAUGAUAGCAGUUAAAUCUGGUGGAAAAAUACCCUCUAAUCUCAUUGGUGAAGCAUUGCAAAUUUUUGCAUCUCGUUGGUUACCUAACAUAUCCAGACAUGUAAAAGCUAACAAAGGAGCAGCAUCUGACUCAGAUUCAGACUCAGCAAGUGAGGCUACUUCAAAGCAAAGGCUGCUGUUGGAAUCAAUCGUUAGUUUACUCCCGUCAGAGAAAGGAGCUGUUUCUUGCAGUUUUCUGCUUAAACUCUUGAAAGCAGCAAACAUUCUUAAUGCGUCAUCUUCUUCAAAGAUGGAAUUGGCUAGAAGAGCAGCACUUCAGUUAGAGGAAGCAAGAGUCAGUGAUCUGUUAAUACCCUCUCUAUCAUACUCAAGCGAUACCCUCUAUGAUGUAGACAUAGCCCUGACCAUUUUGGAGCAAUUCAUGUUACAAGGACAGAGUCCUCCAACCAGCCCUCCAAGAUCCAAGUUGGGGUUUGAAAGGAGAAGAAGGUCCCGUUCAGCCGAGAAUAUUGAUUUUGAGUUUCAGGAAAGUAGAAGGUCUUCUUCAGCAUCACACAGCGCCAAACUAAAAGUAGCCAAAAUUGUAGAUGGGUAUCUUCAAGAGAUUGCCAGAGACAUAAAUUUACCUCUGUCAAAAUUCAUUGCAAUAGCUGAGACAAUCCCGGAUUUCUCACGGCUUGACCACGAUGAUCUCUACCGAGCUAUUGACAUUUAUCUCAAGGCACAUCCAAACCUAAACAAGAGCGAAAGGAAAAAGUUGUGCCGGAUUCUAGACUGCAAAAAACUCUCUGUUGAGGCCUGCAUGCAUGCUGCACAAAAUGAAAAACUUCCUCUUAGAGUAGUGGUACAAGUUCUCUUCUUCGAGCAAGCUCGAGCUGCCACAGCUGGGGGCAAAGUGACCGAGCUCCCUACCAACAUUAAGGCACUUUUAGCCUCUCAUAAGAUUGAUCCAUCAAGGCCGCCAGGACCUUUAAGCACUACUACUAGCAUUCCAGCAGAUGAACAAUGGAGCGUCUCAGGACUUAAAUCACCAAAGUCCAGAAUUUCAACAUUAAGGAUGAAGCUUGAUGAAGACGAUGAUUUGGAUGAAAAUGAUAUGAACCCUGAUGGAAUGGGAAGAUCUUCUAAGUUUAAGGCUUUCUGUGCUCUACCUACGAAACCCAAAAAAAUGUUCAGUAAGUUGUUGUCCAUCAAUAGAAGUGCCAGUGAAAAGAAUUGAGUGAAUUUUGUUUAUAUCCAAGUUGGAGAUGGUAAUUUUAAGGGUAACAUAUGUUCUCUUCUUUUUUUUAUCCUUUGAGCAAAUGCCUUGUAAUUUUAGCUGAAAAACAUGGAGAUAUGCAUUGUUGAUGUUACAAAAUAUAAUAAGAAUCAAGAUUUUCAA